CCCGCCACCCUGCGCGUCCCCGCCGCCGCGCUCCCGCUUUCUGGCGACCCCUGAGCUCCUGCUCGCUCGCUUGCCUGUCCCUUGCCUCUGUCGCAGCCACUGCGGGGCCAUGGCGACCUGCUUUCUGCUGCGGAGUUUCUGGGCCGCUCGUCCGGCGCUGCCGCCUUCCGGCCGCUGCCGCCGCCCGGCGCACGCGGGAAUCCAGCGUCGCAGCUACGCCCGCGGCCCUGCUGGCCUCCCCGCCGACCUACUCCGCGGGGACAGCUUCGUGGGAGGCCGCUGGCUCCCGGCCCCCGCCACCUUCCAGGUACACGACCCGGCCAGCGGCGCCACGCUGGGCACCGUGGCCGACUGCGGGGCGCCCGAGGCCCGCGCAGCCGUGCGCGCCGCCUACGAUGCCUUCUGCUACUGGAAAGGGGUCUCUGUUAAGGAGAGGAGUUUGCUACUUCGUAAAUGGUAUGACUUAAUGAUGCAAAAUAAGGACGACCUUGCCAAGAUCAUUACAGCCGAGAGUGGAAAGCCAUUGAAAGAGGCCCAGGGAGAAAUUCUGUAUUCUGCCAGUUUCCUGGAAUGGUUCUCAGAGGAAGCCCGUCGUGUUUAUGGGGACAUCAUCUACACCUCUGCCAAGGAUAAACGGGCACUGGUCCUCAAGCAGCCCAUUGGUGUGGCCGCAAUCAUCACUCCGUGGAAUUUUCCUAGUGCCAUGAUCACCCGGAAAGUGGGGGCCGCCCUGGCAGCUGGCUGCACUGUGGUGGUGAAACCUGCCGAAGACACGCCCUACUCUGCCCUGGCCUUGGCGCAGCUUGCAAACCAGGCAGGAAUUCCUCCAGGGCUCUAUAAUGUCCUUCCCUGCUCUAGAACCAAGGCCAAGGAAGUGGGAGAGGCGCUAUGUACCGAUCCGCUAGUGUCCAAAAUUUCCUUUACUGGCUCAACAGCAACAGGAAAGGUCCUGCUGCACCAUGCAGCAAAUUCUGUGAAACGUGUCUCCAUGGAGCUGGGCGGCCUUGCCCCAUUCAUUGUCUUCGACAGUGCCAACGUGGACCAGGCUGUCGCGGGAGCAAUGGCAUCUAAGUUUAGGAAUGCUGGGCAGACUUGUGUUUGCGCAAACAGAUUCUUGGUACAACGGGGUAUCUACGAUUCCUUUGUAAAGAAGUUUGCAGAAGCAAUGCAGAAAAGCCUGCGUGUGGGUAACGGAUUCGAGGAAGGAAUAACUCAGGGCCCAUUAAUUAAUGAGAAAGCAGUAGAAAAGGUAGAGAAGCAUGUGAAUGACGCGGUUACCAAAGGGGCCACCGUUGUGACAGGAGGGAAGCGACACCAAAGCGGGGGAAAUUUCUUCGAGCCCACCUUGCUCAGCAAUGUCACCAGGGACAUGCUCUGCAUCACUGAAGAGACCUUUGGGCCGCUGGCGCCAGUUCUCAAGUUUGACAAAGAAGAAGAGGCCGUUGCCAUCGCAAAUGCAGCUGAUGUUGGAUUAGCAGGGUACUUUUACUCUCAAGACCCAGCCCAGAUCUGGAGAGUGGCGGAGCAGCUGGAGGUGGGCAUGGUCGGUGUGAAUGAAGGACUGAUCUCUUCAGUGGAGUGUCCCUUCGGUGGGGUGAAGCAGUCUGGCCUUGGGCGAGAAGGGUCCAAGUACGGCAUUGACGAGUAUCUAGAGGUCAAGUAUGUGUGUUAUGGAGGCUUAUAGGGCUCUUCACUUCUCCAGAAAUAAUAAAACCACCUAGAUCUGUAGGGACCUGCCAUCCGCUUUUUUAAAAUAAGCAAGUAGGUUAUCAGAGUUAUGAAUUUUAAAAAAUUCAGCCAGUCCUCAUUAUCCUAGAUGUAAAUUCUAAUCCUGCCCAUAUAUAACUAGGGACCAAUGAAUGCCAUAUACCUGUGCUGUGGGCUCCAGCACAAUCCCACUGCCUCGGGACAAGGUACAGUGUGAGUGCUCACGUGUCCCUGCCCCUCACAAAGUGUAGUCACUGUGUGGGCAGUGGCUCCGCCGUCCCCAGGCAACUGCCCAGCUUGGGCCCAGAAGACUGGGAAGAAAAUGCUGGGGUGAUAGACAUUUGGACAGAGGGUGGUUCACAUCUGGGCCUCGGCAUCUGUCAGCUUGGUAAUGAACAGCUUGCCUGAUCAGAGGGGUGUGACAAAGGCUUUGAUUGCCUAAGACUUCUUUCUAAAUGGCACAGGAUCGUCUGUACUAUAUGGAAUGAGGGGGUGUUUCUCUUUGUUUCUGGGCAGCUUUUCUUGUUUUUUUUUCUUUUGUGAGAUAGGGUUUCUCUGUGUAGCCCUGGCUAUCCUGAAACUUGCUCUGUAGACCAAGCUAAGCUGGCCCUGAACUCAGAGAUCCACCUGCCUCUGCUUCCUGAGUGCUGAGAUUUAAGGCAUUAAUCACCACCCCCCAGCUCUGGGCUGUUUUAUUUUUGUUUUUGUUUUUAGUUGCUGGGAGCAGGAUUUGUUUGGUUUUGUUCCGUUUUGGUUCAUCUUCAUUUGGUUUGGUUUGAUGAGACAGGGUCUUGCUAAGUAGCUUAGGCUGGUUUCACACUCAAAAUUCUCCUGUUUCAGCCUCCCAAGUGCUGGGGUUACAGACUUGCCUAUCACCCCUGGGUAAAUGGAAGUCUCCAUUGCCCUAAACUUACAGCUUAUGCUUCAUUUUAUUUCUCUUAGAAAAUCAAACCGAGCUGGGGGCAAAAAUCAUCAGAGGUGGUUUGGUAGGAUGAAAAUCAUGGCUUUUGUUUCUUUUCCAGUUUCUUUUUAUAUAUUCAGAUGGAUUGGGGUGUUGAAUCAAUGGCCUCAUGCAUGCCAGCACUGAACUGCCCCCAGUGGGGUUUUUUGUUUUUGUUUUGUUUUCAUUUUAAUAUUUGAGACAGGGUCUUGGUUUGUUGCACAGGCUGGCCUUGAGCUUUUUAUUGAACUGCCUCAGUUUCCUGACAGGCCUGCACUGUGCAGUUCUGCCUGGGCGUGCUGUGUAGGACACCAUGCUCGGCUUAAAGGGCAUUGUGAGCCUGAAAACGCAGUUUAAGCACAGGAAUCCUUUUGAUUAUGAGCAGCACCACCCACCUUGAGCUCGGGUGGUGGCUUUGUCGAGGGAGGAAACCAGUUGCCCACCUGAAGGCCUGCCUACAUCUGAGCCAGGUUUUCUGUACCUGGGUGCAGCUGCUGCUAAGCUUCCGGAAGAGCAAAGCGCUUUCAUCACUGUGAAAAAACGAUGCCCACAAUUGCCAGUCCCCUGUGGAAGGGAGCUGAAGCCAUGAGCCCCAGGCACCGUUGCCCUAGCGCGCACACACACACACACACACACACGGACCUGCAAGAUAGCUUAGUGGGUAAAGGCUUUGCUAGACAAGCACGGUGACCUACCUGAGUUCCAUCUCUGAAGCCUGUGUACAGAUGGGAAGAGAGAACCAGCUCUACACAGUUGUCCUCUGACCUCAACAAGUACAUCAGAGGCACACACACACACAAAUUCACACACACACACACACACACACACACACACCAAACACACACCAAAACUCCCUGUAACUGGGGUUGGUCUCACUUUGAAACAAUUUAAAGGAGAAAAAGUUUAGGUUCUUGUAGAUAUCCAUCUAAAACCUGUUUAUUUCCAAUAGGCAGUAAUGGAGCUCCCUGUUCCUUGCCCCUCCCUGUGCAGAGAGUCCACUCACAGUCUGUGGAUGCUCUGAGACGCUAAUGUGGAUGAUAGCAGAGCUAGCUGCAGUGAUUCCUAAACACCACCAAGUCCCAAGCCACUGGGAGCUUCAGAUAAGGAAUUCGUGGUUUUAAAGGUCCCCGUGCGCAAGAAGUAGAAAUCUGCCUCUUAGGGACCCCACACAACUGGCAAGAGUCACACAGCUUAGCAUGUUCAGUCUGUUUCUGUCCUCUUCCUGUGUAGAGUGUAGUUGGUUUCUAGCGCAUCUCCUAACUAAAUUUUUUUAAUGGAUGUGGGUAUUUUGCCUGCAUUGGAUGUCUGUGUACAUGCAUGCUGGUGCCUCGGAGGUCAGAUCACCUAGAACUGGAGUUACAGAUGGGUGUAAGCCACCAUGUGGGUGCUGGGAAGGGAACCCCGCUCCUCUGAAAGAACAGUCCUAACAUUUCUAACUUCUUAAGACUUGUGUCCACUGUGUUUCAGUUAAUCCAAGUGCUCGGCUGCUGUUUUGUAGACGAGGGACCCACAUGCUGAGCUAGGAGCAGGGAGUCACUUCAAACACACUGUAAACACUGUCAGCCCGUGGGUUCUUGGGCUGUCUGGCAAAUCUUUGUUUUUGUGCAUAUAUGACUCACUGGGUAUAUCACUGGCACACAUAUUUGUUACAACAAAUGUAAUCAAUUUUUGUAAUUAAAAUAUUGGGAGUGGGUACUGGUGGUAAAGUAUGUAACUAAUCAUCACCACUGAAAAUAAGUGAAUGAAAGAAAAAUGGUUUGAGGUUGUGGGAAGACAGUAUUUUGGGGAAUAUAUUAAACAGGAGCUCUUGUUAGCUGCUGGGCUCAAAUGAUCCUCCUGCCUUAGUCUCUCAAAAUAGCUGCGACUAUAGGCAUGUCACCAAGUCAGCUGUUUUUUUUUGUUUUUGUUUUUUAAUUUUUAGUGGUUUCCAUUGAGUUUGGGUUCAUGUAGUCCAAGCUCUCCUUGAAACACUUGCCCCCUACUUCUUGUGCUGGAAUUACACACACACAUAUAUAUACUACCCAGCUAAGAAGUGUUUUUGAAUGAACCUUUGUCAUUGUUCACUAAGAUAUAUGAUAGGUGGAAUUUUGAAGAUGUAUCUAUAGGCAUGUAAGGACAAGUUGAUGAAGUACAACCUGUGAGCCAAAUCCUACCACCACCUGCUUUUGUGUAACUCGUAAGUUUAAAGUAUUUUAUAUAUUCAGAUGGAUUGGGGUGGGUUAGAGCUAGUUCAUGGAAUUCCAGUGUCUGUGGAUGAACACAGCCACAGUGCCCUGUGCCUGAGUAGCUUUGCUGAGACAGUAUGGCCUGCGGAACCGAAGGAUUUACUGCAAAGCUGCUAAAACAUUUACAACCCUCAUCUCUACCAAGAGGGAGACACUGGCCUGUGUUUGUGAGACAUUAUUCCAUUCUGUUGAACGCCUCCUGUGAAGAAGGCACAUUUCCCAGGCAUUUGUUACCAGUUCUUGGCAGUAAUCAUCAAAUAACUCAAAGGACAUUCGCCUGAUAAUCCUGUCCCCUUGAAAAACACUUCCUCCAGCUUGUAGGGCCUACUGAAAGUGCCAAAGUCCAUCCGUGUCUUUAUCCAUUUGAGGGGCUUUUAAACACAACCCCAUAGAAAGCGCUUGUUUCUCUUCUGUAUGUUUGUUUUUUGGGACUUGGAGAAAAUAAAGAUCAGACGCACAAUGUAAACAAGUCUAUUUGGUGAUGUCAUAAUCGUCAUCAUAAUGGGUCCCUUGAGCUUGCCUCUCUGGAGGCUGGGUCCCAGUGUUUUAAUUACCCAUAUGCAGCUAUUUAAAAACAGAAUUUUACUUGAAUAAUACUUAAUACUGUGAUUGUUUUAUGCCAUUCUUUGUGAGAAAAAUCUUAGGAAUUGAUGAGAAAUAUUUUGCUCUGUAAACAUGUAUACGAUGACUCAUUUUUCUAGUGUUUGACAUUGGUCAACAGAGUUGAAUCUCAUUAAUAAAUGUUGAACUAACUGGACUUUUA